GCGAGCAGCCAGUCAACAAGAUAGAUAUUCUUUUAUUUUUUAUAUAAUUUCGACUUAUGCAGUCGGUCACGCAAUCAUGUGCAAUAGCGACAUUAGCACGUCAGGUUAGCAUUGUGGUUUCCCCACCACCGACUCGGAACUCCGCCUCUUAUGGGGGGCGAGAGGGGGGGGGGGGUGAGGUCAGCAGCCGCCUAGCAUGAGUCAACCUCGGGCAAAGCAACGCAGCAGUCAUCGCCGCCGCCGUUGUGCACGGUGCGGACGGAGCGACUGACUGUCACCGCCGCCCUCCGCAGCCCGAGCGUUCGUAACAACACACAACCAACGGUGUCGCACACGAACGAGGGACAAACAUUUCAAGACUCGGAAGAGGAAGAUGUUUUGCUGAUGUAGUUUUACUCUUAUUCAGACUUGUGCUUUUGUGACUCCAUCAGGGGAAAGAACAAUUAGUGUGCCCGAACAGUUUUUCCUGACACCGGCUUUUUAAUGCUCGCCAUGAGCGUACCAGCCCAGCAGAAACCUGGCGCAAAACGAACGGGCAAGCGUAUCACAUUUUUUACCGAUCCCACCGGAGCCAUGAAAGAGACCGGCCAGCAUCCCGAAGGGUCCUACUACAUUCAGGGCGGCGGCGAACCCGGGAAAUCCGAGGCGGCGAGCGGUGUGGCGUCUAAUCCGGAGGGCCAUCGUGUGUAUCUCAACUCGGUCAUCUUUAGCCCUGACAAGGGCGACCAGAACAGGGGUCACUAUCAGCAGACGGUGCCUAUGAAGUGGGCCCACCAGGAUUCCGGUCAGCAGCAGCAGAGGGCUGCCACCUGGACCACGGUGGCCAACUGGGAACAGAACUUUGCCAACUACUUGACCGACUCCAGGAACCAGACAGUGUUUGCAAAACCGACGCAAGAAACUGGAGACGAGUCUGGAGACAAGCAGCAGGCGGGGCAUGACCACGCAGCGGACGUAUACCGAGACGCCGUUAAGGCGAGGGGCCUGGAGUGGGACCACCGGCAGCUGCAGUCCCAGGCCUUUCAGGAGACCCUGAAACCCGGGGUGCUGAACCCCCAGCCGAACAGCGCGGCCCACCCGGCGGGGAGCUCGGUUUUGCAGCCGUUUCAGUUGGCCUUCGGGCAGCCCCGGCAGCACCUGCCCGCCUACUACCAAAGCUUCCAAGGCAACGCCAGGUUGCCCAACCCGCCCAACUACUCCGUGCAGGCCAAGCCCCCCCAGCAGGCGCCGCAGCUGCAGAGGCAGCACCUCACCCAGCAACAACUUCAGCAGCAGCAGCAGCAGCAGCAGCAGGAGAUCAUUCUCCAGCAGCAGCAGCAGCAGCUCCAAAUGCAACAUCAGCAGUUGCAACAACAAAGCCAGCAUGUGCUCGACUACUACCCUCCCGACACGCUCUCCCGCCCGCAGCUCGUGCACUCCCGGGAGCCGAUGUUGGCGGCCGCUCCCCCCAAAAUCCAAGAACCGCUCAUCCAUGACAUCACCCCGGAACCGCCGCUUUCCGCUCUUCUGCCGGAUUCCUUGUCCCAGACGCAGAAUCUUCGCAGGUCGCGGCGCCUCUCCAAGGAAGGCGGCGCACCGUCGGACGACAAUCCCUUCCCGGGCGACCCGGCCAUGCAGGGCCCUCAAAACGGGACACGCGGCUUCGACGGCGACUUCCUGGCUGCCCCGACGGGCGUCAUCCACAGCGCGCCGCGGCGGACCCGUAGGGCGUCGCAGGAGGUCAACCUGGAAACUCUUGCACAGAAAGCCUCGGAGAUGGAGACGCUGCCGUCGCAGGGCGUCACGGAGCCGCACAGGCCGUGGAGUCCGCCCCAGCCGGGCGGCCCGAGCGCGAAGCGGCCGCGGGACGACGGCCUCCUCCCGCUCGUCAUCCCCGUGUCGGUGCCGGUGCGCCGGCUGGACCUGUCGUCGCGCACCGACGGCACGGCGCUGACGAGCGGCUGGCCGCCUCCUCCGCCGCCGCCCGGGCCCCCCAACCCGCCGGAGAUCGCCGGCGCCGAGCGCAAGCCGUCGGUCAUCGUGACCCGGCGGCGCUCGAUGAGGAACUCGCCGACGGAGGGUUCGGAGCAGAACGGCGAGGGCGCGCGAGCGGACGACGACGUGAAAAAGCUGAAGCGCCGCCCCCGGCCCGAGCCCCUCUUCAUCCCGCCGCCCAAGCCCGCCGCGUUCAUGCCGCCGCCCGCCGCGGUCUACUCCGCCGUCACCCCGUACCAGAGCCACCUGCGCUCGCCCGUCCGCCUGGCCGACAACCCGCUGGCCAUGCCGCCCUACACGCCGCCGCCCAUCCUCAGCCCCGUGCGCGAGGGCUCCGGCCUCUACUUCUCCACCUUCCUGUUGUCCUCGGCCGCCGGGGGGCCACCGUCCGCUACCCCCAAGUCGGCUACGCGCAGCCUGCUCUGCUCAAGUAGCUGCGACAUGACUCCUCCGGUUCUGUCUGCAGUGAGUGAGCCCACUCCAGUCAGCAUUGAGCCACGGAUAAACUUGGGGUCGCGGUACCAAGCGCAGGUGCCGGACCUGAGGCCGCCCUCCCUGGUGGAGCUGGACACCCACGGAGCAGAGCUGGUCUGGGCUCCCCUGACCGAGCUGGAGGACAAGCCGGACUACCACAAAAGAGUGAAAGACCUGAUGCACCUGGCAUGUUCCAGCGCUUUGUGCGGAGGAGGCAGCAACCAGGAGCUGGCCCACCAUUGUCUGCACGAGUGCGACGGCGACGUCAUGGCUGCUUUAUCGCUGCUCAUGCUGAGGAAUCCCGUGUUGCCCGAGUCGCAUUCGCUGUCCAAUUACCACUACUCAGGAUCGGCCAGGUGGUCUGCAGUCGAGCGACGUCAGUUCAACAAAGGCAUGGCCACCUGCAAGAAGGACUUCUUCAUGGUGCAGAAACAGGUGAGCACCAAGACGGUGGCGCAGUGCGUAGAGUUUUACUACUCGUACAAGAAGCACGUCAAAGUCGGCCGCAACGGGACGCUGAUCUACGGAGAGGCGACGCCUCCGGACGGCGGCACGGCCGAGGAGGAGACGAACGCAAAUAAGGCCUCUCUCAGGCUACAGCAGCAGCAGCAGCGGGAGGAGGACAGCAGGAAGUGGGAAGGCUCAGCCGACAGGAAACGGGACGUCGGCCCCGCCGGGUCGGCGCGCGCGCUGCCGUCGGCCGACAACACCACCACAGUCCUGAUCAUGAGGGCCCAGGAGGACGUCGUGGCCAGGGAUCGGCCGCCGCCGCCUCACGUCAUCGGGCGCCCGCCCGGGACCGACCCCCCGACGGGCAACAAGGGCGCCGGCGGCCCGGAGGGAGAGUUCCCCUGCAAGAAAUGUGGCAGGGUGUUCUUCAAGGUGAAGAGCCGCAGCGCUCACAUGAAGAGCCACGCCGAGCAGGAGAAGAAGGCCGCCGCCCUGCGCCAGAAGGAGGCGGAGGACCGGGCCCGCGCCGCCGCCCAGGCCCGGGCCGCCGCUUUCAUGGCCGCCCGGCAGCAGAACGGCACGCGGCAGGCGGGCGGCGACAGCGAGGACGACGACGAGGACGGCGACGCCUCGGAGAGCGAGGACGACGACAACUGGCAGUGACGCGGCGGCGACCCGCACUUGACAAGCUCGCGUGGCACAUUCAGGGAGAGGUGUGCCCGUUGUGUCGUCCGUGUGUUCUCUCGGCUCCACAACCUCCAAUGUAAAAAAAAAAAAAAAAAAAAAAAAUCACGCUGAUUUUUUUUCAUUUUGUUUUGUUUGUUUCUUUCAAUUAUUAUUACCGCCACCGCCAUUGCCAGGCUUUUGCCCCUUCCUGCCAUUAAGCACCUUUUCACAGGCAGGUGGCGCUCUUGUUGCACUCUCGGGUUUUGAGUGAGUCAAUGCCUUUUUGACAAUCAAAAACAUGAUAUAAAUACUGUACAUAUACAGGCUAUUGUUACUCUUUCAGUCCUGUGUGGCUCCUUUUACGGUUCCUGUUGUGUUUCUAUUCUUGUUCAUGAUGAUGAUUAUUAUUGUUACUGUAUUAUUAUUAUUAUCUAGAGCGCGUUCAGUUUCCUGUUUUUGAAUUGAUUUCAACCAAUACGAUGGCUGCCUGUUUGUUACUGUGAAGAAGAAAAAAAGUGUCAGGCGUGCAAUAGCUGGAGCGUAACACACACACACACAAACAACACUUUUCACUGGAGUUUUUUCCCGCAUGCGAGGACGGUGGGUCGCUUCUCUAUCCCAGCCAAGAGUCCUUUCCUGGGCUCGCGAGUCACUGAUGUCCCCCUCCCCCACCGCACCCCCUUAUUUUGUGAAUGUAUUGCUAUAUUUAUUUAUUUGACAUAUUAUUUUACAUUUACAUGAUUCAAUGCCAUGGUAGUGUUGUUUUUAUUUUAAUUUUUUAUUCUUUGCUGUUGAGUAGCCGAUGGAGGCCUGGCAGCCUUGUGAUCUCUCCCGGCCAAGAGUCCUCUUCCUGGGCUCGGGAGUCAUGGACCGACCGACCCCCCCCUCUCUAUUGUGUGGAUAUAUGGAUGACCUUGUUCCCAUGUUAUUUUACACUUGGAGCACCCCCCUUGCCCGCACCUGUGACAUACACAAAAACACAUGACUAGUGUUUCCCUAUGUGAGGAGGGUGGGUGUUUUCUCUUAAGCUCAAAAAACCCUCCUGGACCUGGAUUCGGCUUCUGUUGCUGUGGCAACAAAGCCACUAAAAGGGUUAUUUUCCUUUUCUUUUCUUUUUUCCCUAGAGAGGACGAAGACGCCUCAAGGAGACGGUCAAGUCCCAGAUGAUAGAACUUGAGUCUAUGCACAGAUUGUGUGCGUGCGUGUGUGUUGAUGACAAAAGAAAAAAAAACAAGAAGACUGUUCCCGUUUGCUAUGCUUAAUGUAUAUUUUCUUCUUAUUUCCGUGCACAUGUUGAAAUUCUUGCAGGGGAAAAGUUGUUGUUAAAACAACAUAUUUAGCUAACUAUUUAAAAAAAGAUGUAUAAUGAAAAGGUCUAUGUUUGCAUACUUUCUAUGCUAUUUUCGUAAGGGGGUUCACACUAACGAUUGGAAAAAUGCAAUCUCGACGAGUACUUUUUACGACAGUGUAACUUAUUUGCUUUUGUUUUCUACCACGUUUUUUGGUAAUGAGGCACUGUAUUAAACUUAAGUAUUCCUUAA